AUGAAUCGACUUGGUUUAAUCCAACCUGAAGAGCUUGAUUCUGACCAAAAGCCCCUCUAUGAUACUAUUAACGAAUGCACGAGCCAAAUUCCAUUUAUCACCAAAUAUCCCACUGGGGAACUCGUUGGGGCUUUCGGUCUACUCCUUCACAACCCUUCUUUUGGCGAGCAAUGGUUCAAGCUUGACCGUGCUGUCACUUCGCUCCCUGCGCUGUCACCAACUGUGAGAGAAGUUGCAAUAUUAGCUGUUGCCUCACGCACUCAGUGCGCGUACGAAAAAUAUGCCCACUUAGUGAUGGCAGAGAUUAGAGGUAUCACCCAUGAAGAAAGCCAAGAUCUCAUAACUGGGAAAUUUCCAGAGUCGCUAGGAAAAGAUGAAAGGUUAGCAUGGGAAGUUGCGAAUGCAUUGGGCCACCCUGGGCCCUUAAGUCAAGAAAUAUGGGACUUGGGAUUGCAAAGAAUCGGAAAGGAUGGUAUGAUGUCUCUUAUUCACGUCAUUGGAUUCUAUCAGUAUAUCUCUGUGUUACUGAAUGGAUUCGACGUCAAAGUGCCAGACUUGGGUUGA